AUGGCCACUGAGGUCAAUCAAAACUUUUUUGCAUGGUCACAGGAGGAAACUUCUGUGCAAGAUCUUUCACAGGGAACAUCACAAAUGUUUGGUCAUGGUUCCAUAUCUUUUGGAAGAUUUGACUUGGAAUCAUUAGAAUGGGAGAAGUGGUCUGUAUUUACCAAUGACAGGCGUCAUGAAGAGUUUGGAAAGUUCAAUGGAUUAGUUGCGAAGAAGAAGGCAUACUUUGAAGAAUACUUUAAGAGGAUUAGGGAGCUCAAGGCUUUACAGCAACAGAACCAGCAAACUGAACUUCAUCUGGAGUACAAUGGUGAUGGCAGCGAUUCUAGUCAAACAGGAGAAUAUGAAGCAGCCACAGCCCAUAGAGCUCCUACUGAAUCUGAAACACUCGUUGAUGAUUCCACAAAGCAGACAACAGCUGCAAUCACAAUUGAGCAUGGAAUGGAAUGCUACGGUUAUCAUGAGAAUGGUAGUUUAGUGAAUGAAAUUUCUGCAUCAACCCAUUCUUCACCAGUUGGUGAUUUGCAGCAAAUUGGCAAACAAAUGAGAGGAAGCGUUAGUGGCAAAACAGAUAUAUUGGUGCAAGAUGCUAAUUCCAGCCAAGAUGAUCCUAUGGUCCAUGAGACUAUGAUCACUCCUAAUAAGAGAACAAUUGAGAAAGACUCUCGGGUUGGUCAGGCGUCAAAAAUAAUUCCGAAGACUGUCAAGAUGAUUUCUAGUAAUGUUUCUGAUCACACAAAUGUUUCCAAGGGACCCUGUUCAGGCGAGCCCAGUGUGAUAAACCAGAUGGCAAAACCGGAAAAUAUCCUGUCAUUGCGAAGGCCAAGAGAAGCAACCAGCGAUUUAGUUGGCACCGCUGCAAGAAGUGGUAUUACAGGGUUAAGAAGACCUUCCUCAGCAGCAUUACAACGGCCCUCUACCAGAGAACGGCGACCUGUCACAAAAGAUGCUUCAAGGAAGCAUGCUGAAGUUACCACUCCAUGCCGUCCAUCAACUUCUGAAAGACGCACGGCCAUCAGAGAUUCGGCGCUAAAGCAUGGCAACAAUGCUAUCCCAUGUCGACCUUCUACCGCUCACAGGCGCCCUAUCGCCAAAGAAUCAGCAACAAAGCAAUGCAAUAUUGCUACUCCACGCCGGCCUUCUACUGCCGACAGGCGCCCUGUCACCCAAGAUUCAACACCAAAGCUAUCCAACAUUCCCACAUCGACCUUCUACUGCUCACAGGCGCCCUAUAUCCAAAGAUGCCCUAUCACUGGAGAGGGUGCACAUAAGCAUGCUGAUGUUGUCACCCUAAGCCAUUCUUCUACUGCUGAUAGGCGCCCCAUUGUUAGAGAUGUUGCACCAAAGCAUGCCACUUUAGCUCUGCCAAGGAGGCCAUCUACUGCCGAGAGGCGCCCCAUUGCUAGAGAUGUUGCACCAAAGAAUGGUCUGCCACACAGACCUUGUACUGCAGAGAGGCGCCCCAUUGCUAGAAAUGUUGAACUGAAGCAUGCACCAGCACAGAGGCCUUCUACCGCUGAGAGACGUCCUGUUACCAGAGAGACUGUACUGAAGCAAACUAAUGUUGCCAACUCACGUUUGCCUUUGACGCCAGAUAGAUGCCUCACCAAAAAAAGUGUCAUUUCCACCCCAGAGCGCCCUUCUACAGGAGGAAGGUGCCCUGUCACCAAUGGCACUACAGUCUGGUCAGGAGCAAUGCUGAACUAUUCGAAGGGUGCUAUGGUCACAGAAGUACGUCGCAACCCAUUCUCUUAA